AGUAUGGUUAAUAUGUACGAAUGUCAGUAGCUAGUGCAGUGUGAGAAUAUACAUUAUUUAGCAUAAUACAUCACCAUAGAGCCUAGAGGAAACAUGGAUAGGCUAAAUAAUACUAUCCCCAUUAUUUCCAUAUUCUCUAAAGCAGACCAACCUCCUUAAAUUAAUUAGACAACGCGCCCUUCAAUAGGCUUUAAGAAACCUUUGGAAAAGGGCGUGUCGGUGUCCCCUAUGUUCACACAUCUGACGUGGGUCAUGGUAUCUGUCAAAUUAGUUUUAUUUUCGUCUCGAUAACCUGCGUACGGUUAUAUUCUAUCAACCAAUUUAACCGUAGGCUACUCACGCUACACAUCAAAGGAACUGUGUUGUAAAUGAAAGUCUCUGAAUAAAGAGAGGCCAGGGUUUAGCUGUCUUCCACAAGUGUUCAUCCGCAGAAUGCGGCACAUCUAGCACUGAGCGGAAUAGAAACGGUUCCUGGAAAUCGAUUGCAUGUGUGCGGGGUAGUUAGUUAAGAAGGCAUUUGAACGACGGGUUGCUUGCUUGUUUAUGUGGUGUGAAAGACUGCAGAUAUUGAACAGCGACUAAAACGUUUUAGGAACUUUAAGCAACUGAUUGAAUUAUUCAGCGGAAAGUUAUUGACCUUCUGAAAGGUGAAUUUGGCUCCCAGUGUUGGAAAGCAGACUGCACCAGGUGUUCCUCUAGGAUUUUAUAUGACUUGUGCCAAGAUGUCCAAAGAGCGUGAUGCGGGGGACCAUGGGCCAAUGAAACUGUUCACUACCAUGUUCUCGUCCCUCCAGGAGAAGUUCCACAGAGACCGGAGUGAUAGGGAUUCCACCCUGCCUCGGCCUACAGCCCCAGCCCUAGUGGUGACCUCAGCCCAGAACCAGAGUCACCUCUUCUUUGAGUACCUGGUGGUGGUCAGCCUACGGAAGAAGAGAGAAGGAACGUACGAACCCCAGAUCACAUAUCAGUUCCCCAAGCUAGCUAACAUGAGGCGCUCUCAGAGAGAGGAAGAAGAGAAGUCCCUGAAAGCCAUCCUCCUUUUCUGUUUCCCAGAGGGGGUGAACUGGGCCCCCCUGACUGAAUACGCCAGUGAGACAUUCUCCUUCGUGUUGACAGAGGUCGACGGCAGUAGGAGGAAUGGCUACUGCAGGAGGUUACUGGUAAAUGGGCAAGGGGCACGGCCUCCGGAGGCCUAUUGCAUCAUCAGCCAGGUGGCCUGCUUUGGACUCUUCUCCAAGAUCUUUGAUGAGGUGGAGAAGCGCAGGCAGAUCUCCAUGGCGAUGAUCUAUCCAUUCAUGCAGAGCCUGAGGGAGGCGCCGUUCCCUGCUCCCGGAAACACUGUCAAGAUCAAGAGCUUCAUACCAGAGUCUGGAACAGAGGUCAUCAGUUUGACAAGGCCUUUGGACUCGUGGUUGGAGCAUGUGGAUUUCCGAACACUGUUCCGCUGUCUCACAGACGAGGAGGUGCUGCGGGUGUACAUUUGUACCUGCUUCCCCUCCUACAGUACCCUGUCCCAGGUGUUGCAUGCAGUUGCGGCGCUGCUCUAUCCGUUCACAUGGCAACACACCUUCAUCUCCAUCGUUCCUUCAGUGCUGAUUGAUGUCGUCAUGGCACCCACUCCCUACCUGCUUGGUGUGCAAAAGAACAAACUGGAUGAUAUCAUUGACCAGAGCGACAUGCUCAUUGUAGAUCUGACAGAGGGAGCAGAGAACACCUUCAUCACUUGUAUAGGAGACGAGAGCACCAUCCUACCAGAGAAACUACAGGAGGAGCUUCUCCAGGCCUUGUGUUGCAGGAAAGACAACUCCACCUCGGAGGAGUUGAAUAAGGUGGUCUCGGAGGCCUUCCUCUCCUUCUUUGUGAAGACUGUGGGUCACUUCCCCUCCCAUGUUAAACGCAGAAGCGGUGUGCAGCCUGGAGUAUUCCAGAUCAACAGCUUCUGCAAGGCCUCCGAGCCAAAGGCCAGCCGCCAAUUUGUCAAACGCUUCAUCCAGACACAGAUGUUUGACCUCUUCAUCCAGGAAGUGGAGAGACAGCCCACACAGGAAGGAUUCUUCCACCAAAAAAUUGCAGAGUACCAACAAAGUAAGAAGAAAGAGAAGGCAAAGAGAGGCUGGGUGAGAGGACUUGUGGUGUAAAUGUAGGCAUCCUCAGACAAAUUGAUUCUGAUCAUGUGUACAUUUGUGAUGCCGGAUAAGGGUGACGCUACAGGACGUUGCUCCCGUCUGUGGAGCAAAGAUGGUGACAAUCUAAGUCUGCAGUAUUUUCUCUUGCCUGUAGAAAUUGUAGGCUACUCCCGUGUCAUGUUGUAUGAAUGUGUGCUAAAGAUGAAGAAACACAUGUUUUUGUCAAUGUUUAUACGUUUAUUGAAGGAUGUGUUACUUCUGUUGUGAUGACUUGGCAAAAGGUUUAUUUAUUGCACUUUUGUGCUGCAAGAUGCUCUUACUUAUAUAUGCUCUUAUAACUAAACAUACCUAUGAGUAUUUCAAAAGUAUUCUAAAUAUUGUGUUUAUACCUACUGAGUGCCUCAUAAAUUGUUAUUUUGUUUAUUUAAGCUGUGGGUAUGAAUGUGGAAGUUAGGAUGUGAAUAAGCACUUUUAAAAAAAUGGUGAAUAAAAGUUGGACCAAU